GGACAGGAAAGGAACACCCGAAGAGCAGACGUGGAUCCAACGUACUAAGAAUUUGGGAGAGUGGGUCAAGUAGGAUGAGACUUUGAGGAAUGUAGAAAGGCAUGCGUGCGCAGACUUGGCGACGCUGGGGUGGAGACAUGAGGAAGGGAAAAUGGUACAGGAAACUCUCCACAUUCUGCAUUUUAUGCUCAAGCUCGACACGUCCCAUAACAAAACAGAAAGGAAGGCCCGAAGAGCAGACGUGAAUCCAACGUAAUGAGAAGUUGGGAGAGUUGGUAGGCUCAGACCCGAAGAGCAGACGUGGAUCCAACGAAAUGAGAAUUUGAGAGAGAGGGUCAAGUAGGCGGGAGACUUUCAGGAAUGUAGACUGGGGUGGACUGGAAAGGAAGACCCGAAGAGCAGUCGUGGAUCCAACGAAAUGAGAAGUUGGGAGAGUUGGUAGGCUCAGACUUCGAGGAAUGUAGAAAGGCAUGCGUGCGUGGAUUCAACGUCCACGCAUCGUUCACUGUCCAUAAAGGAGAGGCACUCCAUCUAUAAGGAGGCAAAUCUCGUCAUUUUAAAAGACAGGUCAUGACACACCCGAAGGAAAAAUGCAUUCCGCGGAGGUGCAUCUCACCUCCGCGGAGGGCGGAGGUGCAGAUUCAGUAUAAAUAUGUAAAGGCUGAGACCCUAAUACUUCGGGAUUUUGCUCAGUUUGGGAAGGGAAGUGGAGGAGAUUGGGAAGGGAAGACAGAACUGGAUCAGCAUCACACACACUGCAAGCUCGUACUCUUGUUCACUCAGCUUCCAGUUUUGAUUCAGUUCAGAUUUAUCAGUAUCCAGUACUCGCAGUUUCAGCCCUCGACGACCGUACUAAGAAUUCCCGUGCUAGUAUUGGAUCAGCAUAACACACUACUCGCAGUUUCCUUUCACUCGUAUUAUUUGAUCAGAUGGGGAGCGCCAAGGACUUCGCUGCUCACACCACGGAGCAGACCAAGAAUUUUGUAGCCGAGAAGACUGGGCAGGCCGAAGCACUCGCUGAGGGAUUGGGCCAGGCUGCUAAGCCCAAGCACAAGACAUCGCGUUUCGUGCGAAAGGCUGGUGACAAGGUGAUGGAGACUUUUACCAUAAUUUCAGUUUGUAAAGGUUACUGCGCUUGGUGCAAUGACGGGUGAAAGAAGAGAACCAAAGCUUGUCCUGAUUGCGCCCAUCCUUCAUAUGGUUCUUGACUGUACAAACAUUAACGCUACGAUAUGCAUGCAUGAUCUCAGUGUAGCACUCCUCUGUUGGCCGAGGACUCCGCUGCUCACACCACGGAGCAGACCAAGAAUUCUGAAGCCGAGAAUUUUGGGCAGGCCCAAGCACACGCUGAGGAAAUGGGCCAGGCUGCUAAGCCCAAGCACAAGACAUCGC